AUGUCAGAUGUGGAUAAUAUCGAUCAUCACAAUUGUCUAAAAAUUCGAACCAAACACUUCUUGUUUAAUGAGCUCAAUUGAAGAUAAUAAAAUAAAUAAAUAAAAUGUCAAUUACUAAGGUUAGUCAUUCUGGAGUAUAUGAAGAUCCUCCUCCUCCUUAUGAAUCUUUACAAGCAGUUUUAAAUCAACCAAUGCCUUAUGGAAGUGCACCAGAUUUUACAAAUCUGGCGACUCCCUCUUUUGUCGUUGCCUGUCCACCAGGACUCGAAAAUCUUCGUGAACUCGACCAACUCACUAUCGAAAAUGAACCAACCGAUUUUUUUUGUUGUUGUUCGGAUGAACCCUUCUUCACAUACAGCGUAAUAAACAACUUCGACCAAAUCCUUUUUUCGAUCUCACCAGUGAACAGAACUUGUACGUCUUACGACAUACAACUCUUCGAUAGUUUUGGAAACCCAGUAGUCCUCUUCCAAAGAUGCAGAGAGUGUUGUUCUGGCUUAAGAUUUGAAGUCAUCCAUACGCUUGGUACGCUAAUAGGUACCGUAGAGCUGGGAGGCGGAAUUUUUAGCAGUGUUUACAUCGUUGGAGAUGCCAAUGACCAAACUGUUUUCAAGGUGAAAAGAAUCACGACGGCCGAAUUUUCUCCAAAUGGCAUUGAAUUCAGAAUUAAAUCGGCUGCUGAAUCUGUAGAAGUUGGAAAAAUUAUUAGGGUGUGGACUGGUCGGUGGAGUGCUCACCAUCUGUACAAAAUUAUUUUUCCACGGGAUUUAGCAGCGGAAAUGAAGGUGGCUUUGUUGGCCGCUUGGUACAUGAUUGUGGGUAUGUUUGUCGUUUUAAAUUGGAGAUGUAAUUAUUUGUUUAUAGGAAGAAAUAUACCAGCAGUAUCAGGAGAGGGAGCACCGACGACGCCGAUACCGACGUCACUAAGACAGAGUUCCCAGGACUAAAGGAUGUGUGAUAUUAAUGUGUUACCGUGCUUCUUUGAAUGUAUUUUUUUAUAUUCACUGAAUUUUAUAUAUAGAUAAAUAACUCAAAAAUUAAAUAAUAUAUUCUGUAUAGUACAUACAUGUAUUUUUAAUAAAGGUAUCUUAAAUCAAAUAA